GAAGGACAAAGAGAGGGGCAAGAGCCAGAAGGCAUCCCAGGACCUCCCUGCACCAUGUCCCUAGUGGAGACGAUCCAGCUGUGGCAAGAAGGGGUGUGUGCAGCAGACAGGAAGGAUUGGGGACAGGCUCUGGAAGCCUUCACAGCUGUCCAGAACCCAGCUGCUAAAAUCUGCUUUAACAUUGGCUGUGUCCAUCUUGUCCUGGGGAAGCUGGCUGAGGCAGAGGAGGCUUUCACCAGGAGCAUUGGCUGUGACAAACACCUGGCAGUGGCUUAUUUCCAGCGGGGGACAGUGUUUUACUGGAGGCAGAACCAUGAGAAGGCACUCAAUGAUUUCGAAGAGGCCCUGGCCCAGCUGAGAGGCAACCAACUCAUUGACUACAAGAUUCUGGGGCUGCGGUACAGACUCUUUGCUUGUGAGAUUCUCUGCAACAUUGCCCUGGUGUAUGCUGCAAUGGAGGACUGGAAAAAAGCUGAGGAAUACCUGACCAUGGCUGUGAGCAUGAAGAGUGAGCCCCAGCACAACAAGAUUGACAGGGCCAUGGAAGCCAUCCUGAAGCAGAAGCUCUGUGAGCUGGUGGCCAUUCCUGCUGGGAAGCUGUUCAGACCAAAUGAAAAGCAAGUGGCUCAGCUGGAGAAGAAGGACUAUCUGGGGAAGGCUAUGGUGGUGGCAUCUGUGGUAGACAAGGACAAUUUUUCAGGAUUUGCUCCACUCCAACCCCAGUCCUCUGGUCCUCCACCCAGGCCCAAGACCCCCGAAAUCCUCAGGGCCCUGGAGGGGCAGCCACACCGUGUCCUCUAUGAGUUCAUCCCUGAGACUGCUGAGGAGCUUCAGGUUCUCCCAGGAAACAUUGUCUUUGUCCUGAAGAAAGAGAAAGACAACUGGGCCACUGUGAUGUUCAAUGGAAAGAAAGGGAUUGUACCCUGCAACUUCCUUGAGCCUGUGGAGCUCCAGAACAAACUGCACAUCCAGGAAGAAAUCCCUCUUGAAGCCAAGAUCCCAGAGCCAACCAGUUCCACUGUCCUGGAGAAGCUGCAGAAGCCAGCACCAGACCACACUCCUGCUCCUGCAACACAACUGAGCCAAGUGACCCAGGAGGCUGCAGCAGCCACCUCCAGCCCUCACAUCCUCAAGGUGCAUUACAAAUACACAGUAGCCCUGCAGGUUGAGCCAGAUCUCUCCUACACAGAGCUCCUGGACCUGGUUUGCAAGAAGCUGGAGCUCCAGCCUGAGCACACCAAGCUGAGGUACAAACCUACAGAGAGCCAAGAGCUGGUGGCUCUGAACACUGAGGACCUGAAGGCAGCCUGGAGGCAGAGCAAGGAUUACUGUCUGACAGUCUGGUGUGAUAGCACAGAGGGAAAGGGGUUUUUACCAGAAGAGCUGCUGCAGGACACAGCACCAGAGGAGAGGGCAGCAACCCAUGUCACAGCUCUGUACAAUUAUGAAGCCACUCAGCCUGAAGACCUGGAAUUCCAGGCAGGAGAUGUGAUCCUGGUUUUAUCCAAAGUGAAUGAAGACUGGUUGGAAGGGCAGUGCCAAGGGAAGAUUGGCAUCUUCCCAUCUGCUUUUGUUCAAAACUCUAAGACUGAAGAGCAGCAGAUGUGACUUCAGAGGAGCUUAAAGUUGUAGACAUGGAAAGAAAUCAAGAAUUCAACUUAACUGCAAUUAAGGAGUUUCCAUAUAAAUCACUAUUGGAAAAUGGACUUAAAAUUCUGUUGUAUUAAAAGCU